GCCUUUGCUAAAGCAUUCACAAACCCUUAAUUAAGAUUAAAAACAUGAUGGGGUCCCUAAUGGCCUCUACACUUACUCUUGUAUUAGCAAUUAUAGCUCUUAGCUUCCCAUCUCAAAUUUCAGCCAAUAACUACGGCUACUCAUCUCCACCACCACCACCACCUAAAGAGCCUUACUACUACCACUCUCCGCCGCCACCGGUGCACUCCCCACCUCCACCAUACUACUACCACUCUCCGCCUCCUCCAGUUCACUCACCUCCUCCACCAUACCAUUAUUCUUCUCCACCACCACCACCUAAAAAGCCUUACUAUUACCACUCUCCUCCUCCUCCAGUUCACUCGCCACCUCCACCAUAUUACUAUCACUCUCCUCCUCCUCCCGUUCACUCGCCACCACCACCAUAUUACUAUCACUCUCCGCCUCCUCCAGUUCACUCGCCACCUCCACCCUACAAAUACCCUUCUCCUCCACCACCCUACAAAUACUCAUCUCCACCACCGCCACCCUACCAUUAUUCUUCUCCGCCGCCACCACCAAAGAAACCCUACAAAUACCCAUCUCCUCCCCCACCAGUUUACAAGUACAAGUCUCCUCCACCACCACCCUACCAUUAUUCUUCUCCGCCACCACCACCAAAGAAACCCUACAAGUACUCAUCUCCACCGCCACCAGUUUACAAAUACAAGUCUCCUCCUCCACCACCCUACCAUUAUUCUUCUCCUCCUCCUCCACCAAAGAAGCCCUACAAGUACUCAUCUCCACCACCACCAGUUUACAAAUAUAAGUCUCCUCCUCCACCAGUUUAUUCACCACCUCCGCCACAUUACGUUUAUGCUUCACCUCCUCCACCAUACCACCACUACUAGAUGGUGGUGUAUUUAGCAUAGAAGUUUACAACUAUUAUCCUACGUGGGUUUCAAGAAUAUUUCAAAUAAAUAAAGUGAUGGAUAUAGCAGAAUGAAUGAAGCACUUCAACAUUAUUAUACGAGAAAUCCAUGGGAAACAAAGUUUCCGCAUUUUGUUUUGUUUACAUAAGAAAAAGAAGUGUCAAAAUGUUUUCUUUAUAAUAUGAUUGGUUCCAGUCCAAUAAUUUCCUUUUGUAUGUUUCCCUUUCUAUAUUAAAAUUCUUAAUUAUUAUUGUGUGUUUGCGGAGUUGUAAGGCACUGCUUUGGCAAGUGUCAUUGACAAUUACAUGCAUUUCUUGUGGUUAUAAUGGUUUCCAAGCCAAUUUUAUAAUUUAAAUAAAUAAAAUUUCCUCAUUAUUUGCA